AUGGUGGAAGGAGGAAGAAGAAGAAGAAGAAGAAGAAGAAGAUCCUCUGAAGUCGUUAUCCUCUUACUUUUACUCUCACUCUUCCUCUGCUUCUCCGUCGCGUCUCCUCGAUCUUUCUCUGAUUCGGAUCUGUUCGAAGAAACCGUUUCCGUCAACUCCUCUUCCGUCGUCGCAUCUCUCAACGGUUCUUCUUCUCUUGUUAAACCCAAGGAAGGUAGCUUCGCCGACAUCAUCGAUCGUGCUCUCGAGAAGGAGUUCAACGAAAGCGACCAGAACGAAGUGACUGAUCCUGGAAGCUUCAACAACAGUGUAGCUGGACAGCAGGCUGUUCUGGAAACUGUAGCCAGAGUAAAGUCAACAAAGAAAAAUGAGACGAAAGAGGAAAAGCAUUUUCAACUCCAUGACGUUUUCAACUUGAACAAUGAUAACAGAGCUGAGGACACUCCUACUCUGAUUGAUCGAAAAGACAAUGUCUUCAUCAUAUCCAAUUCCAAGUCAAAGUAUCCAGUGUUGCAGCUAGACCUGAGACUGAUUUCAGACCUGGUGGUUGUUAUUGUAUCUGCAACUUGUGGUGGUAUCGCCUUUGCUUGUGCUGGACAGCCGGUGAUAACUGGAUAUUUGCUAGCAGGAUCAAUCAUCGGGCCUGGAGGAUUGAACCUUAUCAGUGAGAUGGUCCAGGUUGAAACAGUCGCCCAGUUUGGUGUGGUAUUUCUGCUCUUUGCUUUGGGUCUAGAGUUCUCCACUGCUAAGGUUGAAACAGUCGCCCAGUUUGGUGUGGUAUUUCUGCUCUUUGCUUUGGGUCUAGAGUUCUCCACUGCUAAGCACCUUUCCUCUUCUAUGUAG